CGCAGCUGCCGCGCUCCGCGGGCGGGGGCGGGGGCUGGGGCUGGGGCGAGGGCCGCGGCGGGGAGGCGCUGGCCGCGCUCGCUGUCUCCUUGUCGACGGGAAGGGCCCGGAGCCGCCCGCGCCCCCCCCGCGCCGAGGCCCGCAGCUGCCACGGGCCGGCGAGGCGGCGGAGGGCGGUCGCCGCAGCCCGGCCGGGUCUCGGCUCCGCCCCGCGCCCGCCCUGCCGCCGGCGCCGGGCGCCCGGAGCGCCGCAGCGGGAAUCCAGGAUCCAGAGCUCCAACUUGUAUCCUUAACAGAUAUUCCAGUGCAAAUGGUGAGAAGAUGAGCUGCUGCAUUUUGGACAAGCUGAAGUUUGGAACACUGGGACAUAAAGAAUCCAUUAAGAAAGAAAUUACAAUAGUUAAGAGGAGAUGAAGAGAGGUGCAAAUUAUCUGAAGUAGAAUGGAAGCUUCAGUAAUAUUACCCAUUCUGAAGAAAAAAUUGGCUUUUCUUUCAGGAGGGAAGGACAGAAGAAGUGGCCUCAUUCUGACAAUUCCACUAUGCCUUGAACAGACGAGUAUGGAUGAGCUGAGUGUCACACUAGACUACCUUCUAAGUAUCCCAAGUGAAAAAUGUAAAGCUAGAGGAUUUACUGUGAUAGUGGAUGGCAGAAAAUCUCAAUGGAACGUGGUGAAGACGGUUGUGUUAAUGCUACAGAACGUUGUUCCAGCUGAGGUAUCACUUGUUUGUGUAGUAAAGCCAGAUGAAUUUUGGGACAAGAAGGUUACACAUUUCUGUUUUUGGAAAGAGAAAGAUAGACUUGGCUUUGAGAUAGCCUCCAUUUAUGCCUGUGCCUUACCUGGGAUUACUGAGAGUUGGUCAAGCAGUAGAAAGCCAUCACAGGGAAUGGCAUCCUCCUCACAGAGGGAAGAGGAGUUAAUGAUGAUCUCUGUGGUUAUUUUAGUAUCUGCUAACAAGCUGACUCGAUAUAUAGAACCAUGUCAACUAACAGAAGAUUUUGGAGGAACUCUCACCUAUGAUCACAUGGAUUGGUUGAAUAAGAGGCUGGUGUUUGAAAAAUUCACAAAAGAAUCGACAUCGUUACUAGAUGAGCUUGCUCUAAUUAACAAUGGAAGUGAUAAAGGAACUCAACAAGAGAAAGAGAGAUCAAUAGAUUUGAACUUUCUUCCAUCGGUUGAUCCUGAGACGGUACUCCAGACAGGUCAUGAGUUACUGUCUGAAUUGCAACAGCGUCGAUUCAAUGGUUCGGAUGGAGGGGUAUCCUGGUCUCCAAUGGAUGAUGAGCUACUUGCUCAGCCACAGGUCAUGAAGCUACUAGACUCACUCCGAGAGCAAUAUACCCGCUACCAGGAAGUUUGUAGACAACGAAGCAAGCGAACGCAACUAGAGGAGAUUCAGCAGAAAGUGAUGCAGGUAGUCAAUUGGCUUGAAGGACCUGGAUCAGAACAGCUAAGAACCCAGUGGGGAAUAGGUGAUUCAAUUAGAGCUUCACAGGCUUUGCAACAGAAGCAUGAAGAGAUUGAGAGUCAACACAGUGAGUGGUUUGCUGUUUAUGUUGAGCUUAAUCAGCAGAUUGCAGCUCUUCUAAAUGCAGGUGAUGAGGAGGACCUGGUAGAACUGAAAGCGUUGCAGCAGCAGCUGAGCGAUGUGUGUUACCGGCAGGCCAGUCAGCUGGAAUUCAGACAGAACCUGUUACAAGCAGCACUUGAGUUCCACAGUGUUGCCCAAGAUUUGUCUCAGCAAUUGGAUGGCUUAUUAGGAAUGUUGUGUGUAGAUGUGGCACCAGCAGAUGGGGCUUCAAUUCAGCAAACUUUAAAACUACUGGAAGAGAAAUUGAAAAGUGUUGACUUAGGCUUGCAAGGCUUGCGUGAGAAAGGUCAAAGUCUUCUUGAUCAGAUAUCUAAUCAGGCAUCGUGGGCCUAUGGAAAAGAUGUGACCAUUGAAAACAAAGAAAAUGUGGACCACAUCCAAGGAGUGAUGGAAGAUAUGCAACUUAGAAAACAAAGGUGUGAGGAUAUGGUAGACGUGCGUCGACUAAAGAUGCUUCAGAUGGUGCAGUUGUUUAAAUGUGAAGAAGACGCUGCUCAGGCUGUAGAAUGGUUAAGUGAACUGUUGGAUGCUCUGCUCAAGACACACAUCCGCUUGGGAGAUGAUACUCAAGAAACUAAAGUUUUACUGGAGAAACAUCGAAAAUUUGUUGAUGUUGCACAGAGUACUUACGAUUAUGGGAGACAGUUACUGCAGGCUACAGUUGUGCUGUGCCAGUCUCUGCGAUGUACUUCAAGGUCCUCAGGGGACACACUUCCAAGACUGAACAGAGUGUGGAAGCAGUUUACAUUAACUUCUGAAGAAAGAGUACAUAGGCUGGAAACAGCUGUUGCGUUUCAUUCAAGUGCUGAAAAGAUUUUGCAAGAAUGUCCAGAGCAGCCUGAAGCUAUUAAUGAAAUAGAACAAUUUGAUGAAAUUGAAACCGUUGGGAAAUCGCUGUUGGACAGAUUAACGGUGCCUGUAGUUUAUCCUGAUGGUUCGGAGCAGUACUUUGGGAGCCCAAGUGAUAUGGCUUCUGCAGCAGAACACAUUAGAGAAAAGAUGAAGCUAGUUAGCCUGAAAAAGCAACAGCUGAGACAACCAGAAGCCACUACCCCAGAGAGCUAAUAGACUGACCCUUGUCUAUCGAUUCAUAAUAGGACUUCAGUUUGUAAUCCAGCAUGCUGUUUGCAUAUUACAGAAUUUGGCAUAAUAUAUUAAAAUGCAUUUCACAGCCGUUAUAAAAGUCUCAUCUUUUUUCAAAGUAAAUGUUCUCAGCAUCUUAACACUGUACAUCUGUCAAGCCAUAAUUAUUUAACAUGCUACAAAACCACAGAUUCUAAGUAUCUUAUGAAAAGGAGCUGUAAACUUUGCACUGAAAUUUGCUGUAAAGCUUUACCUGACCUGUCAGCUGCUUCUUAGUUAAACAGCUGAUGCAAGCUUUGAAUGGUGCUAAUGAAAGCAUUAGGAGUUCCACCUUAUGAAAUUGUAGUUCUUUGCUUCCCCCAUCCCCAGGUGAUGUAGUAAUUUUAGACUGUAGGCAAAGUACCUGCAGUGUAGACAGUGGUGACCCUAUAAUUUUAAUUUGAAAUACUUUAAAAAAUGAUCAUUUUUAUUGUGCCAGUAUGCAACCUAUCCAUCAAAUCUUUGAUAUAUCAAAUUCAUUAAACAGAUGUUUUCCUAUUUGUAUUGAUAAUGUAUUAAAAGCUGUUUGUGCUUAAUAAAAAUCAUCUUUUUAAAAUCUGAUACAAA